AUGUCAUUCUUCACUAGUAAAAGAACUUACUUGCUGUGGACACUAGGUGAAUGCUCUGGUAUUGUUUUUGCUAAUGGCGAAAACUGGAAAGUGAUGCGCCGGUUUGCAAUAACCACAUUACGGGACUUCGGAAUGGGCAAGAAGACCAUAGAAGACAGCAUUAUCAAGGAGUGUCAUUUCCUGAUACAGAAGUUUGAAUCUUUUGAAGGAAAACCAUUUGAGACGACUACAAUCAUGAAUGCUGCCUCUGCCAACAUUAUAGUGUCCAUAUUACUCGGCAAGCGAUACGAAUAUGAAGAUCCUACUUUUGUAAGACUACUGAACUUGUUCAAUGAAAAUACCCGUCUGUUGGGAAGUCGCUCAGUCAUGCUCUACAACAUGUUUCCUGCUCUGGGUUUUCUCUCUGGUGGUCGCAAGACUGUCCUUAAGAACGUCAAGGAAAUGCACGCCUUCAUACAGGCCACCUUCAUAGAACACCUCAGAGAACUGGAUGUGAAUGACCAGAGGAGCUUUGUUGAUGUUUUUCUAAUCCGACAGCAAGAGGAGAAGAACAAGACUGAUGGAUUUUUUCAUAACGAAAAUCUAAAGAAUGUUGUGAGGGACUUUUUUGUUGCUGGCACAGAGACCACUUCGGCCACCUUGUGCUGGGGCGUGUUGCUGAUGAUGAAGUACCCUGAAAUUCAGAAGAAAGUGCAAGAAGAAAUAACAGAGGUAAUCGGGUCCGCUCAGCCACAGAUUGAACACCGAGCAAAACUGCCCUACACUGAUGCAGUGAUUCAUGAAGUUCAGAGGUUUGCUAAUAUGUCCCCUACCACCUUGCCACAUGCCACCAAUGCAGACGUCACUCUUGGAGACUACUUCAUUCCAAAGGGAACGUAUAUCAUUCCGUUACUGUACUCUGUGCUGUAUGAUGAAUCUGAGUGGGAGAAACCGCUUAAAUUCUAUCCUGAGCAUUUCCUUGAUUCCAAAGGAAGGUUUGUCAAGAGAGAUGCCUUCCUGCCUUUCUCUGCAGGUCGGCGAGUGUGUGCUGGUGAGACCCUGGCCAAAAUGGAGUUCUUCCUCUUCUUUGUGAGUCUCCUGCAGAGAUUCACUUUCCAGCCAGCCCCUGGGACGUCUAAAGAAGACCUGGACCUGACCCCUGGAGUUGGGUUAACAGCACCUCCGAUGCCCUUCAGUUUCUGUGCUUUGCCACGUUCUUAA